AUGGACUUCUCAUUUAUUUGGCCGGACAUAAACUUUGUGGAUUCCCUAACCGGCAUGAUGCCCAUCCAUGCGGCCGCUUCUUGGGGCAAUCCUAAAUGUAUUGAAGUAAAAGCAUUUGAAUGGUUAAGUAAUCACGGGGCCAAUAUGCUCUCACGAAAUUUGUUCGGACAAACUCCAGCAGAUAUGGCAUUAUCUAACCAGUUUCCGGAAUUGGCCGACCAAAUCCGAAGAUGCGGUAUCAAGAAGAUCAAGGAGAAUGCACAACAAACUCGAAUUCUGAUGGACAGAGAGGAUUCAGGAGAAGCAUAG